AGUAGUAGAGCAAAUUGGAAAGAUCCAGAAUUAUAUAAACUUUUCUUAGAUUCAUGUCUCAAGGAAGCAAAUAACGGAGGAAAAAGUGGUGGUAGUCUUAAAACAAAAUCAUGGGACAAGAUCAAGAAAAUAAUGGCUAAGGAAAAGAAUGUUGAACUCAGCCAAAGACAAAUGAAAAAUCAGUGGGACUACAUGAAAAAAAAGUACUUGACGUGGAAAACAUUGAUGAAAAAUAUCAGAAAUGGGAAUGAUCCAGACACCAAGAAUUGGGGUGCGGAGAAAUGGAACGAUUAUAUAAAGGAAAAUCCAGAUGCAAAGCAAUUUCGUUAUGUUGGUUUACAAUAUAUUGAUGAGCUGAAAUCUUUAUUUGAUGGCAUAACAAUGAUUGGACAAGCAGCGCAGAGUCCAUCUAGGACGUGUUUGUUUUCAGAUGGUGUAAAGAACUCAGCAUCUUCUCAACCAGAAGUAGGAAGUUCACAAAUAGGAAUUGACCUCGAGUCCAGCUCUUCAAUUAUGCCUUCCAAUCAAAGUAAAGAUAUGUUGUUAAAUGGUAAACGUCGCAACAGCAACAAGUAUGGCGAUCUUGAUGACCAUUUAUCAGCUAUUCUCAAGACGUUAGAAAAGUCUGAUGGGCCUAGUAUCGAAGAAUGCCAUCACUAUUUGGACGGCAUGCAUACACUUCAAGUGGAGAUUAUAUAUUGCUGCUUGUAUUAUCUUUUGUGA